CAAUUCAUCGUCUCCUCCCCCAGAGUCCCUGUGAUCAGCUUCAAGCUCCCAUUAUCGGUCCCUGACCCCUCCGUCGCCCCCAAUUGAUACCCUGCGCCGAUUUUUACGGGGCUGAUUAUUGUUGUUGACUCUCGUUGCGAACUCCGGUCCUCCCGUCUAUCACGAUCUUCCCCCACAAUGUCGUCCAAGUACGUCUUCACCAAGGGUCUGAAGGAGCUGCGCUUCCUUUUCUGCCAGACCUCUCAGGCUAGCUCUGCUACUCGCUCGUUCUUGCAGCGCGCAUACCCGACCAUGAAGAAGCACAACCCUCACACCCCCAUCCUGAUGCGCGAGGCAGCUGGUACUGUGCCUAGGGUGUACGCCAGAUACGCUUUCGGCCAAGAGAAGCAGGAAGCUCUGACCGGCUUGACGGAUCAGCAGAUCGAAGAGAAGAUCACUCAGUUGGUGAAGGCGUCUUCAUAGCGAAAUCACGACGCGUCCGUAUAUGUUCAUGCACCGCAUUUCCAAUUUGCACUGUAUCUAUAGAUGAAUUGAAACUCGUUCGCCGUGAUAACCCAGUCAAUAUCUAC